AUGGCGGUAAAGAUAAAUUCAGAAAGAGCAAGUAGGAUGGAAGAAGAAAAUAAAUCCUUAAAAACUAUUUGGUUGCAUUUCGCAACAAACACUACAGCUCAUAGGUUUUCACAGAUUGUUCUGACAGGAAGUGCAGUCAUUAAAAUAUUUUGGUUGUUAACAAUUUUCGCUUGUCAAGUUGGAAUGUUUUAUCAAGUGGAACCAUUAGUAAAGCGGUAUUUCAUUCGACCUACGCAAACUAAAAUCUAUUUAAGAGAAGAAACUAAUCCAGUAUUUCCAGCAAUCACCAUUUGCAACACUAUUAAUGUUAAAAAAGGUACGUUAGCAGAAGAAUUAUGGAAUGGCAUGGCAUCAAAUUCUUAUAAUUUUAUGGCAUUUGUUGGGGAUACUUCAGAUGGAUCCUUGACACCGGGACGGGAGCAAUUGAAAAGAUACUUCGAACAUUUAGCAGCGUACGAGUAUUUAGCGCAAAAACAUUUUGAACUGGGAGCAGGUAUGUACCAAUACGGGCAUCAUUUUAAGGACAUGAUAGCAUCUUGCGAAUGGAAGUCAAUUUACGACUGUAAAAAUGAAACAUACUGGAAACAAUUCUGGCAUUGGAAACACGGGAACUGCUUUAUGUUUAAUAGCGGUUACCGUAAUGCUGGAGAAGAGGUUCUAAAGGUUUCUGACACCGGCAUAGGAAGCGGUUUAUCAAUAAAAUUAAACAUUGAAAUCGCAAAGUACUCGUUUUUAGCCAACGUUGCCGGCAUCGUGAUGCAAGUAGGGGAGCAGGGCGCUAUGGUGGAUUUAACAUCGCGUGGGACAUACCUAGCUCCGGGGUUUACACAUGUUGUUGCUCUAAAGAAAACAAGAAGAAUUAGAGCUGAUCCGUUCGAAAAUAAAAGUUGCGGCCACCAUCAUAAAGCAGAUUUAGGAAAGGUAUCACAUGGACCCAGAUUAUUACGAAAGUACUCCAAACAAUUGUGCAAGAAAGUUUGUUAUUCUCGAAAUGUAAUAAAAAGAUGCGGAUGUGUUUUGUAUCAAUUACCAUCCUUAGAUGGAAAUAAAACAUGUAGCAAAGCUGAAAGAAAAUGUCUAAGGCCUCUAGCGGCCGCAUUUAAAGCAGGGAAUUUAACUUGUCUUAAAAAAUGCAGUUUGCCUUGCCUAGAAAAUAGUCAUGAGAUAAAAUUGACUUCAAGUAAACUUUAUGCACGAAAUAUUUCAAUGGUCGCAGAUAAUUUGUUAGAAAUUAUCGUGUCUUUCGAGGAUUUCGAAACUUCGAUUAUUGAAGAUGAGGAAUACUACAGAAUUGAAAAUUUGUUAAGCGAUAUUGGCGGCCAGUUUGGAUUGUGGUCUGGUAUUUCGGUGUUAACUUUGAUUGAAUUUUUGGUAUUUAUAAUCUAUGCUUUAUUUUUAUGUGUUUCGUACAUUUACGGGAAACUCAAAAACAAAUGAUUCUAUCAUUUCACAUCAUGUUCCCUGCAAAUGGGAGACUUCAGAUUUGUUGUUGCAUCUUAAACACUUGCAUCUAUAUAGCUAUAUUUAUGUUAAAUAUGUUGUAUAUACAUACAGAUGUUGGAAUAUUAUGAGAAAGUUUUUGUUCAUGUACUGAAGUAUGAGAUAUGGCGGAAAAUCAGUAAUAAAAACAAGAGUUAUAAUUGAUAAAAGUAAUAACACAUCUCCAAAACAUCACAUUUUUCAUUUACUUAUGAUACACAUGUUAUUAGUACAAUAAAUUAAAUUCUUCUUCUUUUAUUUUCGUUCUGCUAAAUAUUUCUUCAAAUUUGGAGAUUCUUUGGUUUUAGCAUGAAUAUUUUUGA